ACGGCACCUUGGGGGAUUUUUUUUCUUUCCAUUUCCUUUUGGUCCGACAAAUGCGCCAGCUCAUCACCCGCCCGGUUUUCUCGUUGUGGGGGGACUCGUUGAGGGCUGUGUAGCACAAUUAUGGAACUCGUAUCAUACAGGGCCGGACACUUGGACCGGCAUUCGGUAGUAAAGUACCACAGCGGGUGGUAAAGAAGUAUCAUACCGUACUGUACUGUACCAUACCAGACGAUGAGCACUGACGAAAUACACUGCGGAAAAGGAAGAAGAAAUAGGAAUCCGUUUGCAUAUUUCGGAGGCGGUGCGAGUUGGGUUCACGACUCCUGUUUUGGGCGUUUUCUUCGCCCGCUACAGUAAGCCACCAUUAUUUACAAGUACCCUAUAAUACGAUGAGGUAUUAUACCGUAGGUUUCAAGUGCGUGCUCCUUUGGGCCUUGCUGGAACUUGGAUGGGAGGCCUGGUGGUGCUUAUUCUCUCUGGGAUCCAUUGUCUGGACUCUGGAGUACUCUACCCCGAAGGGAAGGAAGUACUGUGACUGCAGCCGUUACAAGAAUUGGGACUUGUGAAGUGGAGUAUUCUUUCGCUGGGUUGUGUGUUGCAUUCCUGUAAACUUGUGAUUGAUACUGCCAUGUAUUUUUCCUUUCCUGCCCCCUUCAAUGCUUCCUCUCUAUUCGGCCUUAUAUAUAUAUAUAUAUAUAUAUAUUUUGUCGAUGAUAUUCUUACAUUCGUCGUGUGAUCUGGAAUUUUCUUCAAUUUUUUUCCCCUUUUCUUUUAUUCACUCUUCCGAUAACUAUAGUGACGGAUGCUUGAGAUGCGGGUAUUAGGGUUGGUGGUGGUGUUGUCGUUGGGAGUAUUAUUGGGUGGGGUAUUCGCGAAAACUUGGGAUGAGGGUGGGAUUAAAUAUCCGAUUAAGGGUCUCUGUCGACGGUGGGAUCAUCAGGGUGAGUUUUUUUUCGUGAACUUUGGAUCUGCGAGUAGUAGUAGAGGAGGAAGAGGAAGGAGAGGUGGCUGAUGCGGGAAGGUUGGAAUUGCCACGGUUGAUAGAGUGGGAGGUAAGCUAUACUUGGUCGGAGGGGGAGUAUUAUUGAAGGAGCAUUUCAACAACUCAGAGAAUGUUGUUCCCUUUUGGGGUGAGCCGAGUACCGUAUGUCUCCCGCUCCCUCUUAUGAUAAAAUAAUAAAGGAGGGAAGAAAGAAAGAAAGAAGGAAAGAAAACUCUAAUGCUAACAUGAUAUUUCCCUCCCCAAAAAGGCAGUGAAUUCUUAGAACUAGACCUAACCCAAUCCUGGUCCCUCGUAGGGGACCAAGAAACCAUGAUAUACCCACCCUGGAAGCCGGUGCAGUACACGAUUGACACGGAACGUGGAGAAAACGACCUAGCAGUAGCCGGGGGCGGUCUCUGGUCCACCUACCAAACCAUCCAAAACAAUCUCUACCUCUACGACGGCCUUCCCACAAAGGACGUUAGCCUCGACCUCCCCUCAACCCUCCUAUCCUAUGAUAUCGAGAGCAAACACUGGUCAACCAAACGUGUCUAUCCGGAGACUGACGGCGAGAGGCCCCUGCGGUUCUCGCGCGGCACGAGCGUGGAAGUGCCGGAUGCUAGUGGUAAGAGCUUUUACAUUGGGGGCGUGAGGAUGUACCAUAAUGCUUCUAUCGGGGCGGAGGAAUCUUGGUACUAUCCUGUUAAGCAGCAGGUUGUUGGUAUGGCAGUGAGGAAUGGCGAGUUUGAUAAAAGAUUUGAGGGCAUGACAAGGGGGAGGAAGACUAUUGGAGCUGCAGUUACGUACAUUCCCUACGGCGAAGAGGGGAGCUUGAUCACGAUCGGUGGGACGGAUGAGGGAAGUGAUAGGGUUGGUUUUGGAUCCCACCCGUUUUUUUUUCCUUUUUUCACCAAUCUUGCUGGGUGCAGCUGAUCUGAAUUGUUUUUUUUUGUUUUUUUAGAUAAAGAGCUUAAAUUCUCAUGGGGAGAGGCUGGUUGACUAGGCGCCGAAUGCUUCUGCAAUGGUUUGUUUUAGAAUUUUGUUUCCGGAAAUUCAUGUCAGAUACUGAUAGGUGGGAAUGAAUGAAUAGGCGCGUAAAGAGGAAGCCUGGAUCUAUGAUAUCAAAAGCAAGAAAUGGCACGUUCAGGAGACAACUGGCACUGGCCCCUGGGAGCGCAUGGGGGCGUGUGCCGUCUCCGCGUACGACCAUGAGACCCACACAACACAGGUUUUUCUGUACGGCGAUGGGUCUGGAUCCCGUUUGUUUGGCAUGGACGACAAGUCCUUCAUGGGAGACCUCUUUGUCCUGCAGCUGCCGUCGUUUCAGUGGUUUGCGUACAAUGACAGAGCGAACGCUCCCGCCGCUAGAACGAGGCAUACUUGCCAUGUUAUCAACGACAAACAGAUGCUCAUCCUUGGCGGGGGCAGAAACGACACUUUGAGCGCCAAUAAGGGACUGAAGGAAACUUGCACAUGGGAUGAAAUGAGCGUGCUGGACAUGACCCUGCUGGAGUGGCAGCAGGAAUACAGGCCGACCUCAGUACCAUAUACCAUACCUGAAGACGUCAAGAAGAGCAGCAUGUUCCAAGGGCGAAUUGUACAGGAACCUGCCACCGGGUGGUCAAGUCCGGACUUGCAAGUGCUCUUCCAAGCCGGUGACAGUGGCCUUGUCGAGGCAGUGCCGGUAGCAGAAGACAAAAUAGCCGGAUUGAAGAAACCAGUGUUCAUCGGUAUCAUUUCAGUGGUGGGAAGUUCUCUUGUGCUGCUCCUGGCGGUAUUCCGAAUCUGCCUGCGCAAGAGGAGAAAAGAGAAAAAGAGGAGGAUUGUAGACGCUAAUCCUGUGGCAUGGCAUCUUGGCCCGCAGGACAUGACCAUGAUAUCACCAGGCAUGGCUUCAGUACCUAGCCACCAACCUUACGAUCCAAAUCUCCCUAUAACACAAACACGCGACAAAGAUCUGUACCAUCUACCACCGGGAGCCGGGCACACCACAGGCCCGGCUCUGCCAGCAGAAAUGUCCAGCGAAGGAGAACUCGAGAGAGUGGAGAUAGCGGGCACAUCGGUCAGAUAUGAGCUUCCGACCACCGUAGUCACUUCUCCGAGAUGUAAACCCCUCCCUCCCUCCAGCAUUUUUUUAUACACACUGAUCUCUUUAAUGAUAGCGCCGCCAGCAGAGUAUAUCCAUCCGGCUUCAAGGGAUGGAUACACACCUCUGUGCCCACACUCUGAAGCAUCGAGCCCCGUCUCGCAUGGCAUUAUGAGGCCGGUGAGCGAGAUCGAGGACCUCGGUCUUGAUACUAACGCGGAUCCGAGUGCGGGUCUCCCGGGCUCGGACCAUGUAAGGACUUCUGCUGAGUCUGCCUUCUCAGAGGGGAAUGUAGAUGAGACCUCAACUAGUGGGGGCUCUCCCAAGGGUUCAACAGAAUAGACAUUUUUUUGUUUAUGUUUUAUUCCCUCUGGCGUUUGUUUUACUAUUACUAUUUCGUUUCCUUUGUUUGGCAUUUCUGGUGUUGGGCUUGCCUUUUUUCUUUUUUCUUUCUGUGUACGAUAAGCGUCAUUGGCUGUUGACUUGAUGAGCUAAGCAUGCUUGAGAAACAAGUUCUGCAGGCCAGGGCAGGACACGAGCACAUAUGGCUAUCAAGGUUGAGAGAAAGAGAAGAUUAGAGUAGAAGUAUCAUAGUUGGGACAUC